AUAAAAAUGGGGAUGGCGUUCUUUCCUUAGCCUUCAUAGAAUACUCUUCAAAGUCAGAUCAGGAUGGAUAAUCUGACAGUUUUCUGUAGAGGAGCACCUCCUUAUUCUAUGGAUCUGCUUUGUAAAUGGCUUGCUGAAAAUUGCACUGUUCUUUUUCUGACAUAGCACAGCAGCAAGAUACAGCCCUUUUGCCUGGAGCAAGAGCCAUGUAUUCUGCUUUUUCUAGAGCUGUUUCCAGGCCUUCUGUUUUCCUUCCUCUUGAAGCUCCAUGGAAAACAUACGUCCUUAAUGCUUUGAGGCUAUAAAUUCAUCCCAACAAAGGCAAACUUUGCUGUGGAAGAUAGUCUCUCCAAACUGCUCCCUCCCACUCUUAUAAGCAAUGCAUUGCAGGCUUUUUGUGAGAUUCUGCUGAGGUUUUCCUUCCUCAAACUUACAAUGAAAUCGAAAUUCCCAAAUUUCAAGGUUUCUGAGUUCUGUUGCAGCUCUAGUUUCUGAACACCAUAUAGUGAACAUGAAGUAAACAAGUCUUGCUGAGAUGAGAUUAUACAGAACAGCUUUAGACUUGCUGAUAGUUAACUAAGUAUGAAUAGCAAGAAUGCCUUCCAUGUGAAGAUUUUUUUUGGAGCAAAACUUUCAAAGGACUGAGGAAGUUAUUACUGAACAAAGGUCAUGAAAGCUAUAUAAUCUAGAAGUCUUAGGAAUUAAAAAUUGGACAGCAAAGCAGAAAAAUACUUAUUUCUCAUGACACAUGACAAAUAAACUUUAGUACCAGUGGGUCAAAGGACAACUAUCCCCCAGGAGGCGAGCUGAGUAUUGCUAAGGGGCUGGCAAUAUUUUGCAGAUGUGCAGCCAUCAUCUGGUUAUCUUCUGUACCGCUGAACUUUGCAUACUUUAGGGUUGCAGAAACUGAUUUUCUGAAUUGUGGUAAUGCUCAUAAGACAGGAUUUUAAAUUCCUGAAGGAUAUUUUGGCUAAGGAAUAUGGUCAGAAUGGAGACAUGAAUUUCUGAUUAGCUUAACACUGAUUAUGUGCUAUAAGAGAGAUUCUUCUCUUCCCUUUUAUUAGGUGUAUCAGUAGAAUUUUGCAGUGCUUUGUAGGCGUUUAAGUUCAAAUGUGUAGCUAGAGCAUAUUGACCUUGCAUCAUUGAUUUAGGACCAGAUUGUGGAGGAUCUGAGUCAUCAUGUACUUCCCCAUAUGACUUUUACUUCCUUCACGUACCAGCCUUCUGCUUUGUGCUAAGUCCCUGGGCUGGCUUGGGAAAACACAUCUCAGUUUAAGGUGUGCAUGUUAUGAAGUUCUUACAGAAACUACCUCACUUCCUCCUGUUUAACAGAGGACUUCUGCUUAAGUCCUCUCCCUCCUUGGAGGAGUUUUUUCUCUCUUUCUUUUCCUUUCCUUGUUUGAUCGCACACAUGCCAGUGUGUCUAUGUCUUUUUGUCUUAGAGUGCUUUAGCUCUUAAUUGCCUGGAUGGAGAGGGCACUAAGCAGGAGCCACCUGGGGUGUGGGGGCUCAUUGCUCAUUGGUGCUCCUUGAAGUAGGAGGAAAAUUGUAGCCAUCUGCUUGUGAUUCAGGCCUAGGCUGCGAAUCAUUUUAAUGUGCCCUCUGUAUCUUUCCUCUCGGUGCCUCAGAAAGUAACAGAAUGUUCUAUUACAUGGCUUGCUUUUGAGCUAGCAUCUCUCCGUGAAGCAUGGAAUAGGAAGGACAGAUGGCAACAGCAGAUACAGGAAACUUGUGGCAGAACCUUAAACAUGUAGGAGCUGGCUUAAGAGGAAGAAAGAAAACCAGAUCACAUUGAUACCAUAUAAUUUGAGUUUCUCUUGAAGGCAGACAUCCUGGAAUCCACGUUGAUAUUCUUUCAGAUAUAGAACUUUUAUCGGCUGAAAGAUAAAUACGGAACUGAUCAGGUCUGUUCUUAAAGGAGAACGUAUUCUAGAGGCUGGUACUGACCCACAGGAAGAUCACCUAUGAAAUAAAAUCAGAACAUUAGUGCCCUGGUCUAUAGUGAGAUGGACUAGCUAAAUUUUUGCAUAAUGGUAGCAUUGCUAUGAACCUUUAAUUACUACGUUCUGCUGUGUAUGAUCUGAACUUCUAAAAUUUAUCCUGCUCUUUCUGUUAGCAGAAGAGUGAGUAAAAUAAGGCCUUUCUGAAGUGUUCGGAGCGUGUUGCUCUUUAAGACAGGGGCAGAAAUCUAUCACUGCCUUCUUCUGAAAAAGGGUAUAGUGCAAUGACAAAUAUUGUAGAUUCAUAAGUAGCUGUGUCUUUCUUGUAAUUGUGUUUGCCCAGCUUGCUUCUGUUUACACGUCUUCCCUCACUUCUGCAUCAGAGUUGAGAAACUGGUGGAUCUUGCUCCUGCAAUUGAGGGUCCCUGAAAAUCUUUUUUGGUCAAAAUCCAUAUGUUGAUUGAAAAUUAAUUGCUAGGCACACUGUGUGAUUGCAUUUUGCUCUUUUGUAGCCCCCCAAAAAAAGAUUUGCGUACAGUUCCAGAGCAUAAUGCAAUAAAAUGCAGUAAAAAGUAGGUUCAUACCUGACUGCUGACAGAUGACUGGCACUUGGUGGGAAAAGAAAUAGCUUGUCCACAAGCUGCUACCAGCAAACAAAGAACAACUAAUUGGAAGCAAUGACCUGGGAACAGUCUGCUGGAGUAAUGGUAUUUCCCAACAUUCAGCUGUUAGCCAGUGAGGUUUCCAAGCUUCUGACAAAGGAAAUUAAGAGGAACCUCAAUGGCAAACCUGCAGAGGAAGCUCGUCUGGCUUUGGAGCAACUGCUACAACAGAAAGGGGAAGCAGAAGAUGGCCGUUUGCUCCUGAAAUCAGUGUAUCUGCUCUCACAGAGUGACUUGAGGACUACAUGGAACAUCAUUGGAUCCGGCCUUCCAGCUGCUCUGAUGCAGUGCCUGUACCUUUUCUUUACUUUUCCUCUGGAGAAAACCAGUGAUGAUGGAGAGACAAGUGAAGAUGACAGUCAAACUCAGGAAAUGCUUGUUAAGAUAAUGCUUAACAUGUACAGAGAGGAACAAGGUGUAGAGGAACUUCUGGCAGCUGAUAAGCUUCAGUCAUUAAUCAUAGCAACUGCUACCCUCUGGGACCAGUGUAGCCGCUCAUGGAAAGUACCUACAGGCCGUGUACUGCGAACGAUUUCAAAGGCUCAGACAAAAAACAGCAUUGUGUACCUACAAGCUGUGGACUGCAUUAAAAUAGCUGUUCAGAAUCUCUUUAAACUGGCUGAUACCCUACCUGCUUGUGACGUGUGUGAAGCUGCUAGUAUUGUCUUGUGCUUUGUGAAAGAUUCCUAUCCCAUAUCAUCAGCUUUAUUGAUGGAGUUUGAAAAUAAUGAUGGCUACCAACUCCUGCUAAAAAUUUUACUCCAAUGUGAGGGGUUGCAGCAAAAUGAAGGAGGUUCCUAUCUGGAUGAGAUCUUGGACAUGCUGACUUGCCUUACAACCUGUGGAAAAACUGAACUGAAAGUUUCUGGCAAUAUUGUACACCCGCAAUUACCACACUUUGAUUUUGAAUGUACACGGUCUUCUGGAAUGACAGUGAAAAACCUCCAGGCUUUUCAGGUGUUGCAGUCCAUUUUCCAGAAAAGUAAUGAUCAGCAUCUAUGUGGAAGAAUCUUGGCAGCUAUUGGUACCAUAUGGGCCUGGGACACAGUGAACUUCUUUCUUCUAGAAUGGACACUACAACCUAUCAACCAGUUUAUGGACAUAAUCCAUUUCAAACCACACCCAGUCCAAGUCCAGUUCUUCAGACUGGUGGAGUCCAUAGUGCUAGACCUGUCCUAUGUCCCCCAUGAAAUUUUGAAGAAGGUUCAGUAUUUGAUAAAGGAAAACAUAGUGCCAUUCUGCACCCUAACAGCUCUCCGGUGCCUUCUCAGCAUGACCAAGAAGGACCUGUUAUUCAGUGACAUAUUCCGUGACUCUGGGCUCUUAGGGCUACUGCUGGCACUUUUGAGGAAACAAGCCAAGAUCCUGAGGAAAUCAGCUGGAACACAUCUGCCUGGUCUGGAAGAAGGCACUGAGAAGGAAUUAAAUGCUGUGAUGCUGAAGAUGGUAGCUGCCCUUACAGUGGGUUCCGUGAGGAACACUGUUGUUCUGAAGGACUAUGGGAUGGUGCCAUAUAUCAAGAUAUUUUUGGAUGAUGAAUGUUACAGGAGUGCUACUCUCAGCAUCUUGGAGCAGCUAUCAGUCCUCAACUAUGAAGAAUAUAUGAGCAUUAUUAUUGGGGCCCUCUGUUCUUCUACACAAGGAGAACUACAUCUGAAACUAGAUCUGCUGAAGUCGCUCCUGAAGAUACUGGAGAGUCCCAAGAGCCAUUCAGCUUUCAGAAUGUGCAGUGGAUUCAAUGGACUCCUGUCCCUUCUCUCAGACAUGGAAGGUGCAUUGCAGGACCCUCCAUCUGGCCUGUGGGCAGCAAUAGGACAGAAUUGCAUACUGGAGCUUGUUUUCUACACACUUCAGGGGAUAACAGCAGCCCUGCACAUGGACCCUGUCAACAGCAACUUCUUCCAGAAGAAUGGUCUCUUUGAAAAGAUGGCAGAGGAUCUUGGGUCACUGGGAUGCUUCUGGACACAAGGGGAGCGGCAAAUUCCUCUGAGCCUUGAGAAGAUAAGGACAUUUGCAGAAUUCUUGGACGCAGCUUUCUACUCUUCAGAACCUUUCCCAAUGUGGCUAAAGAACUGCAUAUGGAUUCUGAAUUUUCUUGAUCAUAUGGUCAAAGGAACCCUCCAUCUGGAGAGCUUCUUCAAGGAGAGAAAGGCAGAGAAAGGAGACGCAUCAAGAGAUGAUGAAGAUGGACCCCAAGCUAAAGAAGAACAACAUCCUGUUGCUUUCAACAGGCCAGGCAACAAAUUACCUGCCUCUGCCUAUAGGCCAUGGGGAAACCCUGAGAAAUGGGAAACAGGAGACUGUGCCAUUGUCCAUCCUGGUGCUGUCUGUGUUAUGGUGAGGUUGCUGCCAAAGCUGUACAAAGAGGGACAUGCUCAGCUUUCACAGGAAAUCCAGUGUGCUGUGGUUGAUCAUAUCCAGUCCCUAGUGAAGUCGGAGAAGAGUCGUCAGGUGAUGUGUGGAUCUGGCUUGCUGAGCACCAUCAUAACUACCUGCCAAGAUGCCUUCCGCAACGAGAGCCAUCUACUGCAUCUGCCCCUCACUAGAGUGUUUGAGAAGCUUGCAUCCCAGGCUAUUGAGCCAGAUGUGUUAAGGAAAUUUCUUUGUUUGGGAGGUUCUCCAUCACUGCCUUCCAGGACCAGCACAAACAGGACACAGGCUCUUUCCUGUCAGGGGAGUGAUUCUGCUAAUGCAUCUUGGAACGUAGGUUCAGAAGAGGACGUGGUGGACAACAAAACUGAUUCUCAGGCAGUUGUGCCUGUCAGCAGCUCUCCCAGCAGCUCUCCCUGGGUGUCCAAGAGAUCUGCCUUGGCACUCCAGACUGCGAUGAGUCUCAUCUCCAUGACAUCACCUCGAAACUUCCAGCUCCGCAGCACAGCUUUGCCUCCAUCAUUUGUGGAGUUUGACAUGUCCAUGGAAGGAUAUGGGUGUUUGUACCUCCCUACCUUGGCCACUGUCAUGGGACCCAGUGCAGAGCAAUCUGUUUCAGGAGGAAUUGGCAUGGGCACGAGAGUGUUCCCUCCGUCAAGUGGCCUGACUCUCUCCUGCUGGUUUCUGGUUAGCAGGUUUGGUUUGGUGCACAACAGUCACCCACUUCGUUUCCUCACAAUCGUGAGGCACAUGUCAAGAACAGAGCAAGAAUUUGUUUGCCUUUCAGUAAGCUUCUUCCCGCAGGACCAUUCUUUAGUCAUUUCCACAGAAGAAGUGGAAUUCCAGCCGCUUGAUAUUAUGGAACCUGAAGAUGAGAUACCAAAUCCCUCCCCAUUUCCAGGGCACGUCCAGUUUGACUGUGGCAAGCUGCUGGUCACUGGCCAGUGGCACCAUCUCACAGUGACAUUUGCUAAGGAAGCAAAGAAGAACUGCAUUGUGUCAGCUUAUAUUAAUGGUCAGGUGCUUGGCUCUGCAAAGAUGCAGUACCUCCAGCCCUUACCAGGUAGCUGUAUUUCUAUGGAACCCUCUUCCUUUAUUGAUGUUUAUGGGUACAUAGCUACUCCUCGAAUUUGGAAACAGAAGUCCUCCUUGAUCUGGCGCCUUGGCCCUACAUAUUUAUUUGAAGAAGCCAUCACUGUGGAAACCAUGGAGAUGAUUAAUAAGCUUGGCCCACAGUAUUGUAGCAAUUUCCAAGCAGUACAGCUUCAGGAUGAGGACAAGUACAAUGAUCAUAAUCCUACACCUCUGGUCGCAGAAGAGAAGAUUUCAUUUGGAAUCAAUUUUGUAUGCUCAUCUCUCACUACAGUCCAAGAUAUAAAGAUCUCCUACAAUGAAGUGGAUGGCCGUCUGAUUGCCAAAGAGAUUGGCAUUAACUCUCGGGACAGUUCAACUCCAAUAUUCCUAGUUAAGAAUAUAGCUGGACACCUCUCAGGUUCCUUGCGAACUAUUGGAUCAGUUGCUGUGGGCCAAUAUGGGGUAAGAGUGUUCCAGUCCUCUCCAGCAGCUACUAGCCUGAACUUCAUUGGAGGCCCUGCCAUUCUCCUGGGUCUCAUUGCUAUGGCCUGUGAUGACCACACCAUGUAUGCAGCUGUAAAAGUUCUCAACUCCAUCCUGAACAGUAGCCCAAUGAGUGAAAAAUUGAUGAGGCACAUGCAUGGAUACCAGGUACUGACCUAUCUGCUGAAGAGUAAGACACAGCUGUUGAACAACAGGAUUUUGCAGUUAAUGUUCUCCUUAGUGGGCACAGCUGAGCUUGGCUUUGAGUCUUCAGUCAUCAAGAAUUAUAGUGCAUUUCAUCAUGUUCUGUGCAACUUUGAGCUUUGGGUCAAAGCACCAGAAAAUCUUGACCUUGCUCUUUUCUCACAUCUUAAGGAGAUCUUGCAGUCCUCCAGACAUGGAUGUCAGAAUGCUGCAGUUGCCUACCAGGUGCAAAUGGUGCCCAAGCUCAUUUUCCUCUUCAAUGAUCCUGAAAUCCGUAACUCCAGGAUCACCAUGGUUUGCACUAUCCUCUCCCAUUUGUUGCAAGGAUACUUUAACACAAGAGAUGUUCUCAGGAUUGGAUUGUUCCUUGUUUACACUUUGAAACCUUCUUCUGUGGAUGAAAAUCAGAUUUGCCUGGACAGUGUGGCUGAGAUGCCCGACGAAGCCUUAAGCCAAACAUCUGGAAAGACAAUCUGGCUUCGAAACCAGUUACUGAAAAUGCUGUUAGAUGUACUGUGCUCAGACAAACUUCAUCUGUCCUCUGAGGAACAAGAAGAGACAUUUUUGGCACUGGGGCCAGACUGGUUUCUGCUGUUCACACAGAGCUACCUGCACUCUAGCACAGUUGUGCUUGGAAUCAAACUACUUCUGUGCUUCCUCCACAAUCGUUUGCUGCUGAACAGAUUCAAGGAGGGGAUUGUGGCUGGGCACUGGCUGGAAAACAGCUCUGCAGGGUUGAGUAUUCUAAUGGAUAAUUUAAAAACUCAGCCUGCGGUGCCUGACAAUGGCUCCUUCUUGAUUUUUGGGUUUUCUGUGUUGCAAAGAUGUCUGAUGGAUCAUGUCCACAUCCCCGAGAUCUACUUGCUUGUGUCGGGGCUGUUUCUGGCAACUCCACAGUCUGAACCACCUGAAGCAGCCAAGAAAGAUCUUGAAUCUAUGUUGCAGUGGAUCUCGCAGCACCACCUUACAGAGAAUGUUCUCAAAAUUGGGUUGUGUGCAGAGGCAGCUGUUUUAUUGCUGGAAAUGGUUAGAGUUACUGUGGAUAAGCCUAUUGCAGAUGCAGAAGGCUCCUGGGAGAUUGCCUAUCCAGUGAAUGUUAUCCAGUUUCUGUGCUUGAUCUAUCACAGUUAUACUCAGGACCCCAUGUGGCACUGUCCUGACUUCUUGAAAACUUUGGCUAUGGUUGCUUUCCAUUCUGGACCACCUAAGGGAGCCUCUGAAGGUCUUUUGUCUCCUGAUGGUCCAGCCAUUGCUGAAGGGAAAGGCUGUGUUGAUCCCUCUUCUCUCCCACUCCUACCACACCCUGCCAAGAAACAUGUGUGGGAUUUUGUGCAAGUUCUCCUCAUGGACAGUCUUCUCAACAUCCCAGCAACCAAACAAGGGCAUCCACUUGAGCUGCUUCUUGAGGUUUCUCCAGAGGAUGCCACCAGUGAGCAAAAGAGACAUUUUCAGACAAAACUUUUGCUGUCUGCUAUGGAUGUUUUCCAUGUCAACAGCCAAGGCGAGAGGAAAACAAGACCAGGAGGGAGCAGUGAUCCUCAUGGCACUUCAGAAACAACUGCACCUGUAUCCAUGAUGAACAUUGCUUAUUUUGCUCAGAAGCUGGUUGAGAAGCUGAACUGUGGAAUGUUUGCUGCCGACCCCAAGCAAAUCCUGCUCUUCACUGCCAAAGAGAUUAUGGGGGUCUCAGAAAGCCCUGUUUCUCAGAAGGAAGUUUUCCUCAGUGCCCUGUACAGCUGUUUAAACAGAGCCAUCCUACACUGCCUAUCCAGACCACAACAAUCGCUGCCUGAACAGUUUAAUGUUCUGAACACUCUCAAUGUCCUGCAGGAGCAAUGGGACAUUAUUUUUGCAACUUACAACUCAAAUAAUAAUUUUAUUGUCUGCCUUAUGUACUGCCUUUGCCAACUGAAUUCGGGCAGCUAUCCAGAAGGUUUUGGGAUAGAUGCAAAACCAAAGCUGGCUUCAUAUCACCAAAUUUUCCUUGCACCCAGUGAAGACGAAGAGGGCAGCCUGCCUACUCCAGAUGAUGUCCAUCAGGAGAUUUUGAGAACAGUAGAAAUCAUCUGGAAGCAGCUUGUUUCUCAGAGGCGGCAGGCUCUGGAGGACACUUACAAGAUGGAUCUUUCUGUAAAAGGAAAUGACAAAGAAAGGGACAUGAAGAUAACGGAGAUCACUCCUUUGUGGGAAGAAAUUAUGACAAAAGCUUGGCAGCACUUGAUAGCAUCUGAAAAGAAGAUUCUCCAGAGUAAACCAGGGCCAGCCCUGUCACAGAGCAAGCACAAUUCCUGGAGCGAAAGCCUCUCCUCAGCUAUUAGGUUGGUGCCUGGCCGAAACACAAAGGAAAUUACAUGCAAAUCUGAGGGAUUUGUGUCAUGUAUGGAACGGUACCGAAGAACUGGGCAGGAGUUGUACGCCUCUUUGUACAAGAACCACGUACAGACGCUGCAGUGUGGUUACAGCAGAGCAGCCAAGGACUGGAUGACACUUGAGGAGCAACUUUUCUACAGAAGGAGCCCGUGGGGAGAUGCAACACAAUCCUCAGAGCCACGUUGGGUUCUUGAUUGUUAUGAAGGUCCUUCACGAAUGAGAAGGAGGAUUCAGCGUGUGAACACCCGAGUGACGAUGCGAAUGAAGAGUGAGUUUCUCCUAGCAAACAGAAAUGAAACAACUCCCCCUGCUGAAGUGAAUCCAGGAGACCUGACAUUAAAUGCGGCAGAAAGGGAGAUGGAUAAGAAGGGAUCAGAUUGUAACCAGCUAACAUUCUUCCCUGCUCUACAUGAAAGUUUCCAUUCAGAAGACUUCUUCGAACUGUGUGUGGAGAGGCAAAUUAUAUUGCAGGAGUUUGCAGAGAGUGAGAAGGUCACAUUUAAGUGCUCUGUGGCAGUUGUGCAGGGACAUACAGCGUUGGAAGGAGUGUUGCUCUUUGGCAAAGAGCACUUUUACAUCUGUGAGUGCUUUGUGUUGUCCCCUCUAGAAGAAGUCUACUGUACACGUCACUGCUUGUCCAGCAUUAGUGAUCCAUUUAUUUUCAACUUAUGCCAUAAAGAUCAUGCUGUGGGAGACCAAAUGUGUUCCCGUUAUUCAUAUAAUGAUAUAAAAGAGAUUCGUCUGAUGCGCUUUCUUCUGCAGGAGAUCGCCUUGGAAAUAUUCCUCAAAAAUGGUUACUCCAGGUUUCUUGUCUUCCAUGACAGUGACCGAAAUAAGAUAUUUAAGAGAUUUUGCUCUUUCCAACCUGCUUUGAAGUCAAAGGGGAUAACAGAAGAGUCCCUGAAUAUAAGGAAGCACUCAGGAGGGGAAAAGACAAUGCUUCAAAAGUGGCAGAAGAGGGAGAUCAGCAACUUUGAUUACCUCAUGUACCUGAACACAUUGGCUGGCCGCAGCUACAAUGAUUACAUGCAGUAUCCUGUGUUUCCAUGGGUCCUCGCUGACUAUCACUCCGAGACUCUCAACCUUACUAAUCCUCAUACAUUUCGGGACCUGUCAAAGCCCAUGGGAGCACAGACUAUAGAGAGGAAACGCAAGUUCAUCCAGCGCUACAAUGAGGUGGAGAAGAGUGAGGGAGACCUGUCAGCCCAGUGUCAUUACUGUACUCACUAUUCAUCAGCAAUUAUAGUGGCAUCUUACCUGGUCCGAUUGGAGCCAUUUACCCAGACCUUCUGUUCCCUGCAGGGUGGGAGCUUCGAUGUUGCAGACAGAAUGUUUCACAGCGUCAGGAGCACAUGGGAAUCGGCCUCAAGGGACAACAUGAGUGAUGUCAGGGAACUCAUACCUGAAUUCUUCUACUUGCCAGAGUUCCUAACCAAUGCAAAUCACUUUGAACUUGGCUGCAUGCAGGAUGGAACAGUUCUCGGAGAUGUGCAGCUUCCUCCCUGGGCAGAUGGGGAUCCUCAUAAAUUUAUUCUCCUGCACAGACAGGCAUUGGAAAGUGACUAUGUCAGUGCACACCUUCAUCGCUGGAUAGAUCUGAUUUUUGGCCACAAACAACAUGGCUCAGCUGCCGUGGAGGCAGUUAACACCUAUCACCCAUACUUCUAUGGAGACAAGAUGGACCUCAACAAAAUUAAAGAUCCUCUGAUCAAGAGCACCAUCCUGGGUUUUAUCAGCAACUUUGGACAGAUACCAAAGCAGCUCUUCACUAAACCGCAUCCAUCCAGGAAUGCCCAAGGAAAAAGUUCAUCAGGAAGAGAGACUGUGCUGUCCCUUCACUCAAGUGGAAUUCUUCCUCCUUUUGUGAGCAGCCUGCAAAAUCUGAAGCUCUCACCAGUUACAAUAAAAGACAAUCCCAAGGGAGCUAUUGGGCACAUUGUUUAUACUGAGAAAGGUAUCCUGGCUGUUGAAAAAAAUAAAGUUUUGAUUCCUCCUCUUUGGAGCAAAACAUUCUGCUGGGGAUUUGAGGACCUCACCUGCUGCUUUCGCAACUAUGGGUCUGAGAAGAACGUGACUACAUUUGAGUGCAUGGCAGACUGGGGAAAGUGCCUCUGCGCUGUGUGUCCUUCAGCAACUACCAUAAUCACAUCUGGAACAAGCUCGGUUGUGUGUGUCUGGGAAGUUUCCUUGGUCAAGGACAAAGUGAGACAUCUAAACCUGAGACAGGCUUUGUAUGGCCACACUCAGGCAGUGACCUGCCUUGCUGCAUCUGUGACCUACAGCAUCUUUGUGAGUGGAUCCGAUGACAGAACCUGCAUCAUUUGGGACCUGAACCGGCUGACGUACAUAAACCAGCUUCCUGCCCAUGGGGCAAGCCUCUGUUCUGUUGCCAUCAACAAUUCAACAAGUGAUAUUAUCUCUUGUGCUGGCUCUUACCUGUAUCUGUGGACAGUUAAUGGUCAGCUUCUUGCAAGCGUCAACACCUCCUGCAGCCCUGAAAGCUGUAUUGUUUGCUGCUGCUUUGCCGAAGUGCUGGACUGGGACACACGCAGCAUCAUCAUCACAGGAAGCACAGAUGGAGUAGUGAGGCUGUGGAAAACUGAAUACACCAAUAUCCCAGACCAAGCUGCUGGACUGAGGCUGCAGAGAAGCACGAUGGAAGAGCCAGGCAACAUGGGUAACAAGCAUGGAAAACAUCUUGUUCUUUGUCGGGAACUGAAUCCCAGCCUUGCCUUGACUGGAAAACCAAGCAAGACCAGCCCAGCAGUGACAGCGCUGGCUGUAUCCAGAAAUUCCUCUAAGCUCCUAGUUGGUGAUGACUGGGGAAGAAUCUGCUGCUGGUCUAUGGAUGGGUAGGACGAAAGAGCCAAGAACUCUUGUUUUUUCAGCCUUUUGCAUGGAGAGAAAAUUACCCUUCAGUGUGUUAAAGAAUCAGAGAAAUUUCAAGCCUAUAGUUGGGGACUGAAUCUCAAAAGAGUUGUUGGACUGAUCCUGCAGUGAAAUCUGAUUGAAACUAGAGAAUGGACUCCAAAGUUGUGAAAGAGACACUGACACACCUAUGCACAUAGACAAUGAGUUUUUGCUGUAUUUGUCCUGGGAAAACUUUUGUAUUUUAAAAGUUAUUUUAGAUACUGAAUUCAACAAAAUACUUUGUGUUUCACACAUAAUACCUAGCAAAUAAAAAUGUCUUGAUUAUGACAAAGAGCAAUGUAGCUUAAUAAAAGUAACAUAUUCUAAUUUUAA